AGAUUACUUUAGAGUCUAAAUAAUCAUUAAUUUAUUUAUUGUUGUGUAGUCAUGUCGCUGCGCCUAGCACCAUUAAGCAACACCGAGCGGGAGGCUGUGAUAGCCUCUUUGGUGGCUGGAGUAAGGCUGGAUGGCAGAGGACUGCUAGAGAAUAGAGAAGUUUCCAUACAAUUUGGGAAAGAUUUUGGCACAUGUACUGUAUCUCUGGGAGAAACGCGGGUGUUGGCAAAGGUGUCAUGUGAGGUGGUGGAGCCGCGCCCCUCUCGCCCCAAUGAAGGCAAGAUCCUCACCAGCGUUCACAUCACCCCCAUGGCUGGGCCCGAGUAUGAGGCUGGACGCACCAAUGAUGCUCAGGAUGAACUUCAGCAGCUCCUGGACAGCAACAUCAAAGAGAGCAGAUGUUUGGAUGUUGAGGCUCUCUGCAUCAUGGCAGAGGAGAGCGUCUGGCAGCUGCGGGUUGAUGUUACGGUGUUGAAUGCACGUGGCAACCUCGGCGACGCGUGUAACAUGGCGGCCGUGGCGGCGCUCAAGCAUUUCCAUAGACCUGAUGUUACUGUCCAGGAGGACGGGCGCGUGACGAUACACAACUUCACAGAGCGGGCGCCCGUGCCGACGUUCCUGAAGAAGAUGCCCGUGUGCCUGACGUACGCCUUCUGUGCGCAGCCUGACGAGGAGCUCGUGGUCUUCUCAGACCCUACAGACCUCGAGGAGAGGGUUGUCCUCGGCAGACUCGUUGUAGGCCUCAACCCGCAUGGAGAAAUUACUUCCAUGAAUUUCCCUGGUCUCGUUAUGCUCGAGAAAAAACACAUUCGCUUUUGCAUCUCUAACGCGUUUCAACGCGCGCGCCAAUGUGCUCAGCUACUCGAGAAAUUAGUGAACGAGGACCUGGAACGUCGGAAAUCUGGUGUUAUGUCUCGAGGAUUUGUGGGACAAUUGAAAUCGGAUGAAAUUAUCCAACGGGAGUUGGUCGAAGCAAAAAUUUCUGCUAUGGAUGUCAUGUCUGAUAAGCUACGACAAAUGCGAGCCAUGAUGGAUAACGUGGACAUUAAACCUGAUUUAGACGAGUUACCCUCGGACGAUGAAAAUGAUGAUGAAAGUAAGUAUGACUCUAGUGACAGUGAAUUUGGUGACGCGCCUACGAAAUUAAUACCAAAAAAUAAUGGAAAGGAUCGCACUUCUGUGUCAAGUAAUGGCAAGUUAGAUAAUUCUAAGUCCAGCGACACUGAAGCGACAUCAAAGUCUAGUAAAUCAAACAAAAAUAAAUCAAAGAGGAACUCCAAGGAAAAACAGGCAGUAGUUGACAGUGACAGUGAAGAGGAUGUCAAAACCAAUAUUGAUUUUGGGAAAAAGAUGACAUCCCGCCCGAUGAACACCGGUAUUGAAGGAAUAAAUUCAACGAAUAGUCACGAUGGUUUACUGAACAGUGACGGUGAUCUCGUUGUGUCUAAUGACAAGAGUGAACCUGAGAACAUCUAUGAGGAUAUGACACCAAGUUCACAGGGGCCCGAGCGACCAGAUCUGACGAGCAAAGUGCGGAAACAUGGAGUUGCAUCUUUUGAAUCCUCUGGUAAACCUACGCGUGGGGAAUUUGCACCCAGUGCCGUUAAUGGGGAUAACGACGGUGAACAAGCCGAAUCUGAACUCAUAUCGAAAGAUAUGAAAAUGAAAUCUUAUCCAUCGCGCGAGAAACGCGAAUCAUCUUCUUCCUUGCUAGACAGUAUUGACUUGGAAGCCAUAAAGAAAUCUGGAAACGAAGUUUUAUCCCAUGUGGUCGAAGGAAUCAUUAGUUCUUGUGAGCCUAUGGAUGACCUAAGUGGUGAUCCACUGUCCAAUUCGAUGAUAGUUGGCACUUCGCCAGGUUUAGCCGCCACUAACCUGGAAACCAUCCGAGAGGGAGAAGUACUCGACAUACCCGAAGACUCUACCAUCCCCUUGAGCUCUUCGCCACCAGCCACGGUGUCGCCUGCCGUGGGCGGAGCUUCGUUCUUCUUCAGUGACAACAUCCCUGACCAAGAUUGA